AUGACGACGCUUAUUCCGCGUGACCCGUACUCCAAGGAGGAGCUUGAGAAGCUCUAUCCUCGGGACUUGAAGUUGCAAUUGGUCCAGGUGGCCUUGUCCCAUUGGGAGCUACCGGAGACACAGAGGGCAUCUGGCAAUCAACAUGGCGAAUUGACAGAUAAAGGUCGAGAAACAACCUUUGAGCUCGGCCAGCGCCUGAGACAUCUAUAUGUUGAUCAACUCGGAUUCAUGCCCAGAGUAAAGUCCGACACAGAGGACAUGUAUCUCCGCACUACGCCAAUUCCCCGCGCCCUCGAGUCUCUCCAACAAGCUUUCUGGGGCAUGUACCCUGCUAGUGCGCGCACACAGGAUUUCCCUCCCCCAGUGAUUGUUGCUCGCUCUGUAUCGGAUGAGACACUUUUCCCAAAUGAGGGAAAUUGUCGUCGCUUCAGGCAACUAUCCAAGCUUUUCGCAGAUAGGGCUGCACUCCGAUGGAACGAUACCGACGAAAUGAACUACAUUAAUAGCCUACUGUCUAAAUGGAUGCCGGAAAACUCUCCGAAGGUUGCCGUUGAUUCUCGUCCACGUCUUUCUGGAAUUGCAGACACAAUAAACGCGACUCUUGCUCAUGGACCAGCGACGAAACUCCCAUCUGAAUUCUACGACAACAAAAUCAGACAACAUCUAAACAAGAUCGCCGUUGACGAAUGGUUCUCCGGGUACAGUGAAAGCACUGAGUACAGGAAGCUCGGUAUCGGAAGCCUAAUGGGCGAUGUGGUCGAUCGUAUGGUCAGCACAGCUGUAGAGGGUGGCUGGCGCAGCGAAACCUCAGCAUCCGGGUCCUCCACCGAACAAGGAAAGGCGAUUAAGUUUGCCCUUAGCGGAUGCCAUGACACAACCUUGGCCGCGAUCCUAAAUAGCACUGGAUCGUUUGAUGGAAACUGGCCUCCAUUCACCUCAUCCAUUGCCAUUGAGCUCUUCUCCAAGGCUAGCCGAAACAGCGACGCAGGAGUGAUACUGGAAGAGUUCGCCAGUCCACCCAUUGCCACGAAAAAGUCCGGAUUCUUCUCAUUCCUAACUGGUUCUUCAUCUUCGGGUGACAUACCGCCCCCUCAAUCUGAAACUGCUCGUACUCCCUUGACAUCGCUCCCCGAAUCCACUCGGCAGACGCUGAAGCAGUACUACGUCCGUAUUCGUUAUAAUGACAGUCCAGUUCGUAUCCCUGGCUGUGCUGCUAAGCUCCAGAAUCAUCUCCGUGGUGACGACACGUUCUGCACAUUGGAUGCAUUUAAGGAGAUUGUCGACAAAUUUACCCCUAAAAACUGGAAGGGUGAAUGUGUACAGAACCUCGAUGAGGGACUUUAUGGUAAGAAUGAUAAGGAGAAGGCACCCGCUGGCUUUUAA